AUGAUUAAUACAGGUGGCGCUGGGGAGGGUAAACAAAUGAUUGGACCGGAGGGAAACAUCCCGAACAAGGAUGAAGUUAAAUCGGACGCAGUCCUGCCGUCGUUCUGCGAGCCGCCCAACCCCUGUCCUCCGGGAAUGACCGCUGAGGACGGCUGUCUUGAGGAAUUCAUCAACAACGCUGAGUUCUCACGUCAGUACCAAGCGAACCAGGAUUGCUUCUGCGACGAGGACCACAUCAUCGAUGACAUUCUGCAGGCUGCAGACAUCAAGUAUCAGCACAAAGGACUGGUGGCGAAGAAAUUCCACCAAAAGAAGCGAGUGAGGCGUUCACUAAGUGAACGACAGAGAGUCCUUGGCUCCAAAAGCGCACCAUGGCAUCGCUUCAACCCUUACCUUCGUGGCAAAGCGCUGAAAGUGGUGGCCAAGAAGGGACAUUUCUGA